AUGGCGGACGGUGUGGAUCACAUCGAUAUUUACGCCGACGUAGAGGAGGAAUUCAGUCAGGUAAAAGACAUACUUUAUAAGAAUUGCGUAAAUGUUGCUUCACAUGUUAAGUCGUGAGUAUUUUUGUUAACUAUAAGUCGGGGAGCUGCGUACAUGGCUGAUAUCAGAAGCUUCUCUGGUACACAGGGCCCUCCCCUUCAGCAUGCUGCAAACCUGCAGCCUCUGCUACAACUAACGCUUCCAAAUGUUGCAUCUGUGCUGCUUUCGAUAUCUAAAGACGACACAUGUUUCAUGCAAAUCGCAUAUGUUAUUUGAAAGUGGAGAUAUUUGUUAAGCAAUAGCUUUCAUUGUUUGUUAUGAAUGGUUCCGGGCCUCGUUGCUUAUGGCGGGUUACCGAGCCAAACAAACGCAGUUACAUGAACUAGCAUUAGCCGCUGUCCUGGAUUAAUUAUGGAUACAGAGUUGUUGUUUUUUUCCUGUCAUUUGUGUCAUAAGGGUAAAAUAAUUGAAGCGUAGGCCGACAUAACAUUAAUUAAAUGCCUGUUUUCUUUGUCAGUAUCGUGUGGGAAACGUCAAAUCCACCCAAAGCACAUUGACUGUUUGUUGUUAGCUCGUGGCUGUUAGCUUUGUGUAGCGUUACUCAUCUGUGGGGUUCAGUUUGUUUCCUUCAUACACCCACAACUUUUUCCAACUCAGUCACGUUAUGCAUUGUAAGAAGAAUUUGUUUGGGUUUCACGAUAUUGUUUUUGUUUGCUUGUUUUUGUCAAUUACCGACAUACCGAUAAUAUUAGACUCGUCUCGACCCAUAGUAGCGUUAAUACCGAUAUUAACGCACCUCUUAUCCACAGCACUUAACAUAUGUGUACACGAAGUUACAUACUACUUUUAUGGUGACAGAAACAAACCCCAAAACAAUAGAUCAUAUUCACAGAUAUGAACAUUUAAGAAUUAGACAUUUCUCUUGUCCCAAUACUCAAAAAUACCUCCUUAUAGCCAACAUAUUGAAGCUUGUUUGGGGAUGCUAUGCUGUCAUCCAGAUGCAGAUUUAAUCUGUCACUUUAUUGUCUGUGUAUUGUCAGAGAUUUUAAUAUCAGUUAAGUACUCUGCCAGUACAAAUAUAAUGCUAAUGAUAUCAAGUUUGCCCAGAAUUUGGCUGCUAAUGAUCUACAGGGUCUCACUGCUUGCUGUUUUUCUGUAAAUUGAAACUGAUGUUUGAUUUACACAGAUGCAUGAUUACACGCUGUAGUAUGAGAUUGAAAAACUCAAACAUGCUAAUUAGACCUGCUUCCUAAGUCUACUUAUGUACUUCUCUGAAACUAUGGCGUAAAUGCGUGUGAAAAGCUGUGAAAACUAUUCAAAACAAGUCAUUUGAGGUUGACUCUAUGCAUCAUGACUAAGGAGUAUAUCGAACUAUAAACUCAUGAGAAAUAUGCACAUUUUAAUUGGUCGCUAAAGUUGGUGCUUGUUUGGCGUGUUUGCUGACUUGUCAGGCAUGUUUGACUUAAUUAGUGUUAUUGUGUUUUGCAGGAAGCUGACUAUCCAGUUCAUGAACAGAUCGACUUGUACGAUGACGUAAUAUCUCCAUCAGCCAACAAUGGUGACGCGCCAGAGGACAGGGACUACCUGGACACACUGCCUGCACCAGGUGGCACAGAAGGAGGGAAGAGCGCUCCCCCAAAUGUGGUGUACACCUACACAGGCAAAAGGAUUGCCCUUUACAUAGGAAAUCUCACAUGGGUAGGUAUUGGUUUAGACUUUGUAAAUAGUUGGGGGAGUAUCUAUUUGCAUGGUAACCAUGAUAUGCCCUUUAAGUGUAACUAGUAAAUAGUUGCAACUAUUGCCUUAAAUGGGACAGUUUUUGUGCUGUUUCAAAUACGGACAAAAAUUCAUUCGUAAGUUUCAAAGUAGCUGUCAGCGAAAUAAACUUGAUACUUUUUUCUCUCUUACAGUGGACAACAGAUGAAGAUCUGACAGAAGCCAUACGAUCGAUAGGUAUCACAGAUGUGCUGGAGAUCAAGUUCUUUGAAAACAGAGCCAAUGGACAGUCAAAAGGGUGAGGUCUUAUAUUAAUCAUACAUAACACAAGCAGACUAAGGGUAGUAGUGGGAAAAACACCAAAUGUCAAAUAUACUGAUAUCAUCCAUCAGGUGGUUGACAGUGAGAAAUCUGCACUGAGGCAUUAAAGAUUCGUACCUGCAGCACACGCGUCGCAGAUCAGUGUCAUUGUCAGCGGUUUUACCAAAUGUUAAUCCUCACAAUAUCAAUUCAUGCCUGUGUGUUCUCUACAUCCUCCUGACAGGUUUGCAUUGGUGUGUGUGGGCUCAGAAGCAUCAUCCAGGAAGUUAAUGGAGCUGCUCUCAAAGCGUGAGCUUCAUGGUCAGAAUCCCAUCGUCACACCGUGCAACAAACAGUCCCUCAGCCAGUUUGAGAUGCAGUCACGUAAAAGUAAGUAAGAUGAGUGCAUUCGUGACUUUUAAAAAAUGCUGUCAGUUAAAGUUUAAUUGCUGAACAUGAAGAAGGAACUCAUGCCUUAUCAAAACCUAACCAUUUCAGAAAUGUAACCCUACCGUCCCUGACAUUGCUGAAAUGAACAGUCUGCACUCAAAGUUUUAACAUGUUAUCCAUGAAACCAAAAACUGAGUUGUUUAUGUCACCUCACAGGUACACAGUCAGGCCAGAUGUCUGGGGAAGGUAAAGCUGGUCCCCCCGGUGCUGGCCCUCGUGGGGGUUUCCCCAUGGGUCGAGGUCGAGGUAGAUUCCCAGGACCACCUGGCCCUGGAGGAGACCGCUUCCCUGGACCUGUUGGUCCUGGAGGACCCCCACCCCAUUUCCCUGGUUAGUGUGGUAACAGCUGUUUGUCUUUGUGUGGUUCUUUCAGGUCUAUUUUCAGUUGCAUCACAUUAAAAAUCAGAUGGAUGGUGAGACGGUUAUCACAAGCAUUUAAUGAUACAGCUGAUAGAUUUUGCAGCAUUAUUAAAUUAAUAUCAAAAGCUUAUUAAAUUGAUUGAGAAGGUUAAUGAUGGAGGUAUGAAAUUUACUAAUUGAGAUGGUAUUUUGGUCCUACCUGUAAAAGAAGGAAAAAUUUAGUAUUUGCUGAAUUAGUGUGAUCACACGCUAUCAUCAAUGGAGGAUUAUGGGUUGGUGGACUUUUUAUUUAACCAACAGAUCCCUUUUAAAAUUGUAACAUGGCCUAUUUUGAAAUCCUGCUUUCUGUCUGGAAGUGUUGCUCCUUUAGAUCAGUUUAGGCUUUGCUCCUGUUCUCACAGCAUGACACUGAGGCCAGUGUGUUGUAUUGUGCGUUACUCUGAGGGAUCUUCUACUCAUUAAAUCUCUCCAUCCAGGGCUGUGUCUUUGCAUGUUUCCUCUCUCUCUGAUGUGUACGCUCCUCGUCCCUCUUCACCUCCAUUUGAACAAUUAAUCUGGCUUUGGUAUUAUACUCACAGAAACUGCGUUGCUUGAAAACCAGUUUGCUCACAGCUUUAGUCGGCAAGCUACCACUCUGAAACUCCUUGUAAAUCUUGGAUUGGCCGCCUUUUUCUUGCAGUAGAGUUUGGAGUUUCCAGCUUUGCUCUUUUUUUUUUUGCGUCUUUUUUCCCCCCUCAUCCCACCCUCUUUUCCUCUUCCGCUGAGUGGCUGGUGCCCCCCGUGUUGCAGGGCUGGGAAAGGCCUUAAGUUGGUAGGUGGGAGUUUAAACAGGGAAGACUCAUGAUUGGUUUGCUUUCUUCCCCAUUAGGCUCGGGGAUGAGACCAGAUCUGAUUGGGCACCAAGAUGGCCCUCUGAUGGAUAUCAGUUUCAAUCCCUUCCCGCCAGGGGGCAGGAACGGGAACUGGCGCAGCAGAGGUGAAAAACCUCGAUUGAUUUGAUUAAUCGCCUUUUUAUCCUAACUCUCAGCUGUUUACCAGUAGUAGUUUUGCCAUUCACUCUGUCUGGUCGACUGCCCCAGAAACAGCUGAAUUUCAAACUCUAAAAGUUAGUUGAAGUUAGCUCCAUAAUAUGUUGUCUGCCUUAAAAGUAAGCAAAAACAUCUCCAGGACUCAGGAGGCAGAGGUGCACAAGUUUUUUGUUUUUUCCUUUUUUUUUUAGAUGGCAGUUUAUUUGCCAACAAGGACAAACUCCUCGAACAAAAGAUUUUUUUUUUAAGUGUGACUGAAAUUCCUUUCUACUUCUGGCCCUCUAGCUUCAGGGAUAUUGAAAUCUAAAUGUGUCCACUAACAAAGUGUCCUUCAUUAGAAAUCUGAGUGCGUCACACUGAACUCAGAUUUGUGGCAGCAUCUAUCAGUGCACCCACUCAAUUAUAAAUUUAGCAAAAGGCCUCCGCUUAAAAAGAAAGAAAGAAGCACUCUUUAUUGUGUGAACCCCAUCUUUUUUGUCGCCCUCUGGUUUUAAUUUGCUGAAUUAUUUUAUGUUCUUUUGUCAUUUUUUGUUCCCUGUAGCUAUGGCUUGCUCUUCCUUAACUGUGUGUGUCAUUGUCCCUCCUCUGAACUGCUGCGAUAGAUGUGCUGCUUCUACAUUUGAAUAAGAUCAGAACAUGGCAGCUACAUGAUAUGAAAAUUGGAGCUUUGUAGAAACAUCAGGCCUUUUUGGUGUUUGUUUCAUGUUUCAAACUCGCCGAGGUUUUUCCUACUGAGAAAGUCUCGGUGCUUCCUGUUGAUGCUCUGAACUGUCAGAGGUAGACUAGAGGAUAAGAGUUCAGAUGUCCUUCUUUGUCCCAUGUGUCUAUGCUUUGUCUUUUGUGCUCCAUUUAGGUGGGAUGCAAGGUCCACCACGUCCUCCUCCUGGUCCACCUGGUCCCCCAGGCCCUCCAGGACCACCACCUCCUGGACAAGGCCUACCCCCUCCCCUCCCUGGUCCACCAAACCGCGGUGACAGGCCGCCUCCCCCUGUUCUCUUCCCUGGUCAGUUUGGACAGCCUCCAAUGGGGCCCAUGCCCCCAGGCCCCCCUCCUCCAGGAUACGGCCCUCCCCCUGGUCCCCCGCCUCCUCAACAAGGUCCACCACCCCCAGGCCCCUUCCCUCCUCGUCCCCCAGGCCCCAUUGGUCCGCCCAUGGCUUUGGCCCCUCCUCCACACAUGCCAGGUCCCCCGCCUGGAGGACCACCACCAGCACCCCAUGUCAACCCUGCAUUCUUCCCCCCACCUGGUAAUAAUAACAUGCCACCCAACGACAGAGGCGGUCCCCCUGGACCAAAUGACCCGUACGGGCGUCCGCCACCAUAUGAGAGGGGGGACUAUGGUCCAGGAGGCAGGUAAGAACAGACAAGCGAUGUAGCUGACAGACAGUUGUCAUGGAUUAUUUAGAGGGACAUUUUUUUAUUGAAGUCCUGAACUCAUUUUUUUUUACCAUGUUUGUGUUUGUAGAGACAUGGAGGCGUCACGGACUCCUUUGAGUGAGGCUGAGUUUGAGGAGAUCAUGAACCGGAACAGAGCCAUCUCCUCCAGCGCAAUUUCCCGAGCGGUGUCUGAUGCAAGUGCAGGUACAUUACAUAGCAGAAGACUUCUUAUUGACUGUUGCUGUAAGAUUUUACACAAAAAACACAGUUUCUAUUUAAACUUAAUGCAACUGUGUCCUCUACAGCUGACUAUGGCAGUGCUAUAGAGACCUUGGUGACAGCUAUCAGUCUGAUCAAGCAGUCCAAAGUGUCAGCAGAUGAUCGCUGCAAAGUUCUCAUCAGCUCCCUGCAGGACUGUCUUCAUGGCAUCGAAUCUAAAAGUUACGGCUCUGCCUCCAGGUAAGAUUUUAUUUCAUUGAGGCGUUGAUGCCACGAGAAGCAUCAGUAAAGAGUUGUCAUGUUUUGAUAGUAAAAAAAAGAUUAAACCCAUCAAAAUGGUUGGUUGGGUGGGUGGGUGGUUGGUUGGUUGGGUGGGUGGGUGGGCAGUUGAGUGAGUGAGUGGGUGGUUGGUUGGUUGGUUGGUUGGUUGGGUGGUUGGUUGGUUGGUUGGGAGGGUAGGUGGGUGGUUGGUUGGUUGGUUCGUUGGUUGGGUAGUUGGUUGGUUUGUUGGUUGGGUGGUUGGUUGGGUGGCAAGUUGGUUGGAGUUUUUAAGAUGCUGCUGAAAUCGACACAUUUGUCAGGUUUACAGUUGUUUAUGUCAACUCCUGUUAUUUUUAUUUUAUUACUUUACUUUAUUUUGCAGCAGGAGUGCCACAUUUACACAAAGUCUUCAAACUGAACUGUGUUACAUCUAUGAAAAACUAGCGCACCGUUUUAAGAGUCUCCUCUAUGUCUCUGCUAGGCGAGAGCGCUCCAGGGAACGAGACCACAGUCGCUCCAGAGAAAAGAGCCGACGCCACAAGUCCCGCAGCCGUGACCGUCAUGAAGACUAUUACCGAGAGCGCAGCCGGGAGCGAGACCGUCACCGUGAGAGGGAUCGGGACCGGGACCGCGAGAGAGAGAGGGAGAGGGAGUAUCGGCAUCGCUAG